AACCCGUCUACUGUGGUUGUUUUUCCAUGGAUUCGAUUCGAGUAAUGGAUAGCACAGGCGACUGUGAAAAUGGCGCCACCAGCCUUGUAAACGUUAGCCAUAACAGUGCCACUUCGUCUUCUCCGACCUCAAGCCGCUACGAGAACCAAAAGCGCCGUGACUGGAACACUUUCGGGCAGUACCUGAAGAAUCAUAGGCCUCCUCUUUGUUUGUCCCGCUGCAGUGGAGCUCACGUCCUAGAAUUCCUUCGCUACCUUGACCAAUUCGGCAAGACUAAAGUCCACACCCCAAUCUGCCCUUUCUAUGGCCACCCGAACCCGCCAGCUCCUUGCCCCUGCCCGCUGCGUCAAGCCUGGGGUAGCCUCGACGCUCUCAUCGGCCGCCUCCGUGCCGCCUUCGAAGAAAACGGAGGAAAAACCGAAGCUAACCCAUUCGGGGCACGAGCCGUGAGGCUUUAUCUUCGUGAAGUUCGUGAUUUGCAGUCGAAAGCAAGAGGGAUUAGCUACGAGAAGAAGAAGCGUAAACGACCACCACAACCUCAACAAAUCCCAUCUCUCCCACUCCCACUGCAACUCCCACCACCGCCACCAGGUGCAAGUUAAAA